UUUCAACAAAAUUUAAUACUACAAUGACAAUUCAUCCAAAUAAGGCUAGCCAUAGUGUUGCAUAUUUUUCUAAAGAUGAAAAUUCCGAACAAACUCAAAUUCAUACUAAAGAAUUAGUACAAACAAAUAAAUACAAAUUAGUUAAAAAGCAAAAAUCUUUUAUUCAAAUUCCAAAUAUUAAAAGUGCAAAUAUUUCAGAAGACUUUCCAUUAGUUAAAGAUAAUUAUAUUUUUGUAAUUUAUAGAAAUCAAUUAUGCGUAGAAAAAGUUAUUGCAGUUUAUUUUGAAGCUUAUAACCGGCAUUGUUAUAUUGAUGAAGCAAUAACAAAUUUAAAUGAUAUAUCUUAUAUAUCUUUACAAGUUUAUAUACUAAUUUAUCGAGAUUUGUUUAGUGAUACAACAAUGAAAGGAUAUAAUAUUUUAACAUAUCAUUUAGCUUCCAAUAUUAUUUAUCAUAUUGGAGCAACUGGUGUAUUAAUUGAAAAUAAUAUUUUAAG